AUGUCGGCAUCCAAAGGCACCCCGUAUGGCACCACCAGCCCUUCCGUGCCCCAGAGUAACGGUACCGCAGAUGCGGAUGCAUUUGCAGAUCGGGAAGCGGCUCUGCUGCCGACCAGGCCCAAGGUCCCACGGUGGCAGAGUUAUCUGACUGCCGACGUCGAUCGCAAAAGGGGUGACCUGAUCCUCCUGCUGUGCUAUGUCAUCACUGGCCUCCUCGACAGCCAGUCCAUCAGCACAUGGAAUUCUUUCGUCUCUAUGCAAACAGGAAACACCGUCUACCUCGGCCUCGGCGUCGUCACGCCCCACGAGUCGACGCGCUGGAUCAAGUCCGGCGUGUCCCGCCGCUGGGUCCUCUGCGCCUCCUUUGCCCUGCAGAUGCUCAUCACCGUCGUCGCCGCCCUCGCCGUCACCCUCGGCCCCGCCCCGAGCGCCGAGGAGAUCAAGUGGAGCGAUCUCCUCCCCAUCGCCCUCGUGUCCUUCCAGAGCUGCGGCCAGGCCGUCACCAGCCGCGCCCUCAAGUUCAACAGUCUUACGAGUGUCGUCUUGACCAGUAUCUACUGCGAUCUCUUCUCCGACGCCGAGCUCUUCUCCCUGCGCAACUCGGAGCGCAAUCGCCGGCUGGCGGCCCCGCUUCUUCUCUUAAUCGGUGCGCUGUUUGGCGGCGUCUACAGGCAUUACGGUCUCGGAAUCGUCUGGGCGCUGUGGACGGCGGCCAUCUUGAAGCUCUUGAUCGUCGUGUCGUGGCUUGUGUGGCCUGCGGAGCCGGGCUCGUUUGAGGAUUAA